AUGGCUGUUCGGGCAAAAGGUCAGCAGCUGGGACAUCUUUCCACAACUUUCUUUAACAUUCCUUCACUUUUCAAACAGAUGCUGGCUUACUUUAUAUUAGCUCUAUUCCAUAUUCCUCAUGUCUUUUGUACUCCUGAUCAGCCCGAAAUGACGUUCGAAGAACUGUAUCAGGAGGGUAAAGUUGCAUACACUGUCGGAGAAUGGGGCGAUUGUAUAGCAUUCAUGAGGCGUGCCUGGGAAGAUUACAAAUAUUAUGAGGAUGAGCUAAUUAGUUGCCGGAAAAAAUGUCAGACAGAAAUAGAAAAACCAGGAGAGGAUUUUUUCUCUCAAUAUCAUGCUGAAUCAGAAAGAGCUUUAUGUCAUUUAAGAUGUAAGAGAGAUCGCUUCACAGAUAUGAGGCCAGACUUGAAGAAAAUGACCACAUACUUUGACUUCAUGGAAAGAAAGCCUUAUGAAUAUCUUCAUAUAUGCUAUUGGAACAUGGGAGAAUUAUCUUUGGCAGUACAAGCAGCGUACACAUUCUUAAUUCAAAAUCCAGGACAUAAGAAUAUUUUGGACGCUUUGAAAUUUUACAUGGAACAACCGAAUUAUCAUGAUGAUAUGUUAGUUGACUCAUUGAAGAAUCCAUAUGAGCAACGAUACAUGGACGGUGUAUCAGCAUAUGAAUCUGAAGACUGGGGAAGAUGUAUACAUGAUCUAGAAGCUACAUUGGAAAAAGUGAUCGAAGAAGAUAGUAGAUGCAGAUUGGUCUGUGAAGAUAAAAUCGAUUGGUCAUUAGUUGAUGGGAAUCCAGAUUUGGACGUUCUUAUCACAAGUAUUCGCGCCUCCAUUAUCAGAUGCAAACAUAACUGUCUUUACCGCCUAAGUGUGGUCAACGGUCAUAAUUUGGGAAAUAUCAUAACUUCUAUCUAUGAGUAUCUUCAUUAUUGCCAGUACAAAUCCAUGUUGGGUUUGGAUGCAACACGGUCAGUCGCUACAUAUCUGCUUUUCGAUGGAAAUCCUUUGAUGCGAAGAAACAAGUAUUUUUACGAGAAAGAAUAUAAUAGGGCGGAGUUGUUCAAACCCGAUUCGGUUGUACUGGAGUUCUACAAGAAAAGGGUCAUAGAAGAACGUUACUUGAAGUUCAUUGAAGAAAAAUUCGUUUAUGAAAAUAAUGAGUUUCCUCCAGAACGUGUUGAUGACAAAAAAGCUUUGAAUCUUGAAGUUGUUACUGACGAUGAGUUUUCUUAUGCAUCUAUUCUGAAUCUUUUAUCAGAAAAUGAGUGCCGGCAGCUCAGAUCAGUUUUCCAAAAUGACUUGAUUGAUCCGCUUAUAGAAGAAAUAACUCGUAGAGUGAAACAUUACUGGCCAACAGCCAAAUAUGAAAGUAUAUCAUGCCAAAGACAGUCUCGUCAUGUCGCCUGCGAUAGAGCCCUCAUCCUAUCGACAGAACCAUCUGACUGUUCCGAAUGGCUCGGAGCUGUACACUCCGGAUGUGUUAUUGUUUUCUGCACUGAAGUGUGA